AUGACAGGUUCCGACGAACGUAGUCUUCCUUUCCUUCUCGAGAACGGAAGAGUUCCUCAACACCACAGAGGAGAGCCGUGGUACGAUGAUGGCUCUAUCAUCUUACUGGCGGGAUCCACGGCAUUUAAAGUGUACAAGGGCCUUCUUACCCGGAGGUCGGGGUUGUUCAAGCGUCUGCUGGAUCAGUCCAUCCCAAACAACACCGUUGCGUCCCUCUCGGCGGAGCAGUGCCUGGUUGUUCAGAUGCACCAUCCCAAGGAUGAGCUUUCCCUUGCCCUCCAACUCAUACACGCAGGCUUCGAGUCUUGGCCUAUCCCCGACUGGAAAGACUUCGAUGCCAUCGCGCGGCCGCUCGAAAUGGCGGAUAAAUAUACCCUCCCAAAACUCCGUUCCGCCUUCCUCACGCCGCUGUUCCGGUACUAUAGCCAUCGCGUGCAGGACUACGCAUCCUGGGAUGGCAGAUUCAAGCUGCCUGCGCCGAUGAACCCGGUCAGGGUGAUCAACUUUGCCCGAGAGAUCUCCGUGAUCCCUCUUAUCCCUGUCGCCCUCGUCGACCUUUCGUUGUUCAUCUCCGAGGCGGCCUUACACGCAGCCAAAGAGCCGCGCAGGAACUCGCCGUAUGCCCCUGGCCUGCUCCACGAUGCUGACCAGGCCAGCUGCGACAGGCUGCGCGCGCACAACGCCCGCUUUCCCGCCAAGCUACAGGAUCUACUCAAGGGGUUAGACGACAAAACCUAUCAUGCCAGGCCCGCCGCCGAACAUUGCGCCUGUAAGUUUGGGCCGCUAUUCGAUCGCUUGGUUCAGACCACGGAGCAUACCACGUGGCUGGGCGCUGAAGGGAGAUACAAUGGGAUCGUGGACAUGGUUCCCGCCGUCCUAGGGGACGCGCGAUCAAAGGAAGCCAAGCUUUGUCCGGAUUGCAUCGCGAAGGUGGAUUCGGAAGUCCUGAAGCUCUAUAAAGCGUGGUGGAAGGGGGUUCCCCAUUGCUUGAAUAUAUUUGAUCAGGACCUGAGGGAUUUCAUCUUGAAAAGUUUGACGGAGAUAGCAGAGUGA